AUGGCGACACCACCGGCGGUCCUCGCGGUCAUGAGGGCGGCGCGCGUCGUCUGCAGAACCCCGCGGGACGCCGUCAUGUUCGCGGUGCACUGCACCUUCCUGGCGGAAGGCUACGUCCUGCUCGCCGCGGGCGACAACGUGGACCCGAUGAUGUUCCAGGAGAAGGAGGAGGAACCCGACGACGGGUUGCCCAAGCGCAAACCCGACCCGCACGUCGGGUGGAACGACAUGGACGACGAGUACGCGUUCAAGUACUGCGCCCUGGCCGACUACGACAACUCGGCACAGGCCCCCGCCCCCGCGCACGUCGGCGCGAUACUCAAGGCGAUCUUCAUCGGCAACACGCUCAUGUGCCACUCGGUGCGCACCGAGGACGGCGCGCGCGCACACAACCCCGACGCGCCGCUGGCGAGUUUGGAGCUGCCGAUGGGAACGCACGCGCGGGUGGCGGACGAGGUGACGCUCGCGGCGGAUCCCACACUCGCGCUCGCCGACGUCGCCGCGCUCGUCGGCGUCGUUCGAACGACGCUCGUCGAUCCCGUGCGGCGUUCGAUCCCCGACGGCGAGAGCGGGGACGGCAAGAGCGGGGAGGGCGUCGGUGGGGUGGACGCGCGCGGACCGGGCGCGAGGGGCGAGACGGGGUCGGCGGCGGGCGAAGGGAGGGACGGAUGGCUUCCCCGCGCGAGCGCCGGCGUCCCAAACCCGCCAGGCGCGCGGUUCGACCCGUACGGUCCGGUUCCCGGCAUGGGAGGACCGCCGCGCGGGUUCGGACCCCUCGGCGGGUUCGACGGGGACCCGAGGUUCGCGCCGGGGCCCCGGGGUCCGCCGGAGUUGGUCAACCCGGAUGUGGAGUUUGGCGGCGUGCCCGACGGGUUUUAUCCAAUCGCGCCGGGCGCCGGGGCCGCGGGUGCCCGGGGCGCGCGCGUGCCGCCGGGAUGGCCGGGUGCCGGGGGCGCGCCGAGGUGGAACCCCGACCUCGGUCCCCCGCCGGAGGGAUGA